CGCUCGGCAGACCCGGCUCGCGCUGGCAGUUCUAGAAAUUCUUUCUCAGCCGACAGGAAACAUGGCUUCUCCCCGGCCAGCAUGGCUCCCCGGUGCCGCUGCCGCCCCAGUCCAGGAGGUUGGCCAUGGAGCCCUUCUGUCCGCUCCUGCUGGCGGGCUUUAGCUUCCCGCUGGCCAGGGCCCUCCACAGCAACGAGACCACCGCAGCCAACAGCAACUGGACCUUCACCACCUCAGGUCCCCCGGGCCCCGGCUCACCCCAGCCCCUGCUGGCCUGGCUGCUGCUGCCGCUGCUUCUGUCCCUCCUCCUCCUGCUCCUGGCCGCCUACUUCUUCAGGUUCAGGAAGCAGAGGAAAGCGGUGGUCAGCGCCAGCGACAAGAAGAUGCCCAACGGGAUCCUAGAAGAGCAAGAGCAGCAGAGAGUGAUGCUACUCAGCAGGUCCCCCUCGGGGCCCAAGAAGUACUUCCCGAUCCCGGCGGUGCACCUGGAGGAGGAGGUCCGCGUGCGCUCGGCCGACGACUGCAAGCGCUUCCGAGAGGAGUUCAACUCGUUACCAUCUGGACACAUACAGGGAACUUUCGAACUGGCCAACAAAGAAGAAAACAGAGAAAAAAACAGAUACCCCAACAUCCUUCCCAACGACCAUUCCCGGGUGAUCCUGAGCCAAGUGGACAGCACCCCCUGUUCUGACUACAUCAAUGCCUCCUACAUAGACGGUUACAAAGAGAAGAAUAAAUUCAUAGCUGCUCAGGGCCCCAAGCAGGAAACCGUCAACGACUUCUGGAGGAUGGUCUGGGAGCAGAAGUCGGCGACCAUCGUCAUGCUAACCAACCUGAAGGAGAGGAAAGAGGAGAAAUGCUACCAGUACUGGCCGGACCAGGGCUGCUGGACGUACGGGAGCAUCCGGGUGAGCGUGGAGGACUGCGUGGUUCUGGUGGACUACACCAUCCGCAAGUUCUGCGUCCAGUCGCAGCUCCCCGACGGCUGCAAAGCCCCACGGCUGGUCUCCCAGCUGCACUUCACCAGCUGGCCCGACUUUGGGGUGCCUUUCACCCCCAUCGGGAUGCUGAAGUUCCUGAAAAAAGUGAAGACACUCAACCCCGCGCAUGCCGGGCCCAUCGUGGUGCAUUGCAGCGCGGGCGUGGGCCGGACGGGCACCUUCAUUGUGAUCGACGCCAUGAUAGACAUGAUGCACGCCGAGCAGAAGGUGGACGUCUUUGAGUUUGUGUCAAAAAUCCGCAAUCAGCGCCCACAGAUGGUUCAGACGGACAUGCAGUACACGUUCAUCUACCAAGCCCUGCUGGAGUACUUCCUCUACGGCGACACCGAGCUGGACGUGUCCUCCCUAGAGAAGCACCUGCAGACCCUGCAGGGCCCCACCACCCCCUUCGACAAGAUCGGGCUGGAGGAGGAGUUCAGGAAACUGACCAAUGUCCGGAUCAUGAAGGAGAACAUGAGGACGGGCAACCUGCCAGCAAACAUGAAGAAGGCCAGAGUGAUCCAGAUCAUUCCCUAUGACUUCAACCGCGUGAUCCUGUCCAUGAAGCGGGGCCAGGAGUACACGGACUACAUCAACGCGUCCUUCAUCGACGGCUACCGACAGAAGGACUACUUCAUCGCCACCCAGGGGCCGCUGGCGCACACGGUGGAGGACUUCUGGAGGAUGGUCUGGGAGUGGAGGUGCCACACGAUCGUGAUGCUGACGGAGGUCCAGGAGAGAGAGCAGGAUAAGUGCUACCAGUACUGGCCAGCAGAGGGCGCCGUGACCCACGGCGAAAUCACCAUCGAAAUCAAGAGCGACACCCUCUCGGAGGCCAUCAGCGUCCGGGACUUCCUGGUCACCUUCAGCCAGCCCCUGGCCCGCCAGGAGGAGCAGAGCCGGCUGGUGCGCCAGUUCCACUUCCACGGCUGGCCGGAAAUCGGGAUCCCGGCCGAGGGCAAAGGCAUGAUCGACCUCAUCGCCGCGGUGCAGAAGCAGCAGCAGCAGACGGGCAACCACCCCAUCACUGUGCACUGCAGUGCCGGGGCAGGGCGGACAGGUACGUUCAUCGCCCUCAGCAACAUUCUGGAACGAGUGAAAGCUGAGGGGCUCUUAGACGUGUUCCAAGCUGUGAAGAGUUUACGACUUCAGAGGCCACACAUGGUGCAAACCCUGGAACAGUAUGAAUUCUGCUACAAAGUGGUACAAGAUUUUAUUGAUAUAUUUUCUGAUUAUGCUAAUUUCAAAUGAAAAUUCCUGCCUUAAACUAUUUUUUAAUUUAAUGGUCAGUGUAUUUUGUAAAAAUCAUGUUAAUUUAUUUCAUAGUUCACAUUAAUAUCCUUCCUAAUUUCUUUGUAUAUAUUUUGUUAUGCUUUAAAGUCUACCUACUGUAAAGUUAUUAAAUUUAAUGACUCCUUUUAAAAACUGGAAUAAUGUAUUAAGGUCACAUAAUAUCCCACAAAUGAUCUAUUUCUGCUAACAUCGUAAAUACCUUAAAGUUU